UCAUUGUGUGUGUCUUUCCUUGUCUUUCCUCCAGACGGGAGCCCUGUGGCCGACGGGACGAUGGCGUUAACGGGUCUGCUGCUGCUGGAGCUGGCUCUGUGCGCCUGCUCCUUCGUCUGUGGGAUCGUUACCGCUGCAUCCAUCACCAUAGUCCAGGGUAACUUUGGAGGACGGUGUCUCCUUUAUGGACUGGUCAGGUACAAUGUGACAGCGGGCGUCAUCGGGAUCCAGUCAUCCAGUGCCUCGUCUCUGUGCUAUUUCGUGUCGGCCAUAUCAGUCCUGGUAGCAGUGGUGUGUUUCUCACUGUCUAUGUACUGGGCUUACACGUUCUGCAUCGACGGGGAGAUCAGAAGGGAGCGCAUGUGGAUGAACCUGAUUAUAGUUGUGAGCGGCGUCUUCCUGUUCUUCCUGCUCAUCACGGGGUGCAUGUUGAAGAUCGGACGCGACUCGCUCUGCAACUCGGUCAUACAGAGCGUUCCCAACAUCACCAGAUGUGAAGACGCCCAGGCUAGAAAAUGGGCCAGUCCAAUUAGAGGGGAGAGGUUCUACACCAGUCUAUACAAAGCCGAGACGGCGGUGUGGGUCAACUUCUUCUUCUGGCUCAUCAUCGGGAUUCUGAUGAUUGUCCAGAGGCGUCAGAGUUUCGGGUCCAAGCUGAUCGUAGGAGGCUACGGAGGGUACGGCGGGCCGGCCGGAGGGCUCUUCGGCGAUCCCGGGGUGACGGCGGCGGAGACGGAGCCGUUUUUCAAUCGUCCUGCAAGGCCACAGUGAGGACGGGUGUCACAGACGACUCACAAAAACACAUACAUUAGCACAGCAUGAUAAUGUGGGAGUAGAUGUGGAAAAAAGGGUAAAUAUACAUUUAGUGCACGCUGCCCCUCAGGUAUUCCAGUGAAUACUAACCCCUCUUGUGAGAUAACACAUGAAACUAAUCACAGUCAUUUGUGAUUACUGUACGUCUGUUUGCUUCAGGGUGUUGCGGCACGUAGAUUCAAUAGAAGCAUUGCCCCUCGACGAGGAUGGGAUUCGAACCCACGCGUGCAGAGCACAAUGGAUUAGCAGUCCAUCGCCUUAACCACUCGGCCACCUCGUCAGGCUUGUCUGGAUCUCUAAAACCAACAACCCCGUAGAGCCGGUUUGAGUCUGUCUGACGCAGACUGACUGCAUAAGCCAAAGAUUGAACUGCUGAUAUGUGUGUUUACCCAUUUACCCACAUCUACUCAUGUCUAAUGUCUGACUACUGGAUCACACAGAAAUGUGGAUUUGUUCAUUCAGAAAGUGUUUCUGUUUACAUAACAAGAACUGGGAGAAUGUUUAUUGCAGGCAUUCAUUUUUUUUUUAUUUAAUCAAAUUUUGUAUUUUUUAAAGUGACAGGCAGAUGUGUCCUGUAGUAUGUAAAACACGUUUUCACUCAUUUAAAACAUUAUUAACUACACCGUUCUCAAAAGCUUAAAGUCACAUUCUUUUUUUUUAACCCUUUGAGAAUUUUGUAUUUUGAGUUUUUGCCAACCAGUUUUGUUUCUGUAAGUUGUGUUUAUUCUUUAUUUAUGAUGAAUCAUUUCAUUUGACAUUGAGGCCAAUAAUAUUGUGUCUUCUCUUCAUUUUGUCUUAAAGUUGUGAUUUUGCAUUGUUCAGUCUCAUCAUGUGAACAAAACCACCGCUUAAAGAAACACUUGCUACAGCUCGAAACAACGGGAAUAACAUUAUAUUACAUUAUGCGACAAAUAAUUCAUAUGGGUUUUUUACUUUUAGGUAUGACACAUGUUUCUACAUCAAAUAUCCAGUCUACUUUCACUCACAGGUGCUCAUCAAAUACUUCAAUCUGAACCUGUGUUUUGGAUAUUGCUCCCUACAGUAUGAGUUACUGUACCUAAAAAGGCUGCAUGUCAACAUAUGAACCACUUGGUUUGUAUUGAUGCUACUUGAUACAUGGUGUGCUAUUUUUUAAACCAAUAAACCAAAGAGUUAAACCACAAA